AUGGAGGAGGAAUCAACUCCAUUGCUCUCAAACUAUUCUUCAGAUGAUGUUGAACCCUCCAAAGCAGACAUUCUUGAUGAUUUUAUUGAAGAGUACAUUGGAGGAUUCAGAUGGUCACAAGCUUUACAAGUCAUCCUGAUUUCAAUGGCUUCCUUCUUUGAGGCUCAGCAAACUUUCAUAACUAUUUUCGCGGACGCCAAUCCCUCUUGGCACUACACACAGGGCACUUCCAACAGUACUGCUUGUAAUUCAGGAUCAAACAUAUGCAAACUUCCAGCAGAUUCAUGGCAAUGGGACCGGCCAGCCCGGACAUCUAUCAUAUCUGAUUGGUCCCUCCUGUGUACCAGCAACAAAAUCCUUGCAGGCCUACCAGCAUCAUCAUUCUUCAUGGGAUGUCUCCUUGGAGGAAUCAUUCUCAGCUUCCUUGGAGACUCACUCGGUCGAAAGAAGCUAUUAAUUCUCUCAUGUUUGACCAUGUCUACUGCUUCUAUCUUCACUGCUUUCUCCAACAACAUAUGGAUCUACUCGGGUUUCAGGGCUGUAAGUGGUUUAGGCCGCGCUGCUAUUGGAUCAUGCGUCCUGGUUUUAACAACAGAGAGUGUUGGAAAGCAAUGGAGAGGAAAGGUUGGAGUUGUGGGCUUCUUGUGUUCAACGCUUGGUUAUAUGUCCUUACCUGCUAUAGCUUAUAUGGCUAGGGAUUAUUCAUGGAGAAGUCUCUACCUCUUAACAUCUGCGCCAGCAAUUGUUUAUUGUAUGUUGAUAGAGUUCUGUGUUUAUGAGUCACCAAAAUGGUUACUUGAACAAGGUAGAGUUCGCGAAGCUGUGGCAGUUCUCAAUGCAAAUCUAGAUCCUAACCGCAAGAACUUGAGCUUUUCGGCAGACAAUAUCAGGCAAAACACUCUGAACAGGCCAGAGAGUACAGGAGGAGCUCCUAACCCAUCUCUGCUGAAAAUUAUGUCAGACAGGAGCAUCAUUCAACAGCUGACAAUGGCUAUGCUCAUCGGAUUUGGCAUUGGAUUGAUUUACUAUGGCACACCAUUAGGUCUCGGGAGCUUUGACUUUAGCCUCUACCUGAGUGUUGCUUUUAGCGCCAUGUUGGAGAUUCCGUCAGCAGUGUUGACAUUCUAUUUGGCUAGAUGCAGGCGAAGGACUUCACUUCUGGCAUUAAGCACCAUAAGUGGUGGAUGUGGUAUUAUCUGUAUCUUAGUUAAGAGAUGGGUUUGGCUGCAAAUUGGACUGCAACUCAUGUCCUUCUUUAGUGCCUGUGCAGCAUUCAACUUGUUGAUGAUUUACACAGUAGAGUUAUUUCCCACAACUAUCAGAAAUUCUGCAGUGUCAAUAGUCUGGCAAGCCAUAGUGUUCGGUGGAGCAAUCAGUCCAUUGGUGAUUGCCAUUGGUGAAGGCUACAGCAAGAUUUUACCACACUUUCUGUUUGGAGUAAUGAUUUUCAUAUUCGGGCCACUAGUUCUAUUCCUUAAAGAAACCGUGGUUUGUUCACGAUGUGUAGAAGAUAGAGUUUAG